UCUGUCAAAUAGAAAACGGAUCGUUGCACUCACAGGAACGCUAAAAUUGAUAAAAUAAUAAGAUUUCUAUGGAUUUAGAUUAAUAACUCAUCUUGUACUUAUUAAUUUUAACUAUGUUUUGGAGCGGAAACUAUAUUGGAGUUAGGGAGUUAAAUUUUCUUCUCAAAGAGGAGAAUGUUACGUUGUCACAAGUGUUGGAGGCGGACGAUAUUCUGCAAGAAUGCAAGGUGGACAACAAAGCUCUCAUACAGUUUUUGACAAAGCCAGAGAUCCUAGCAGAACUUAUAACUUUAAUAACGGAGGAGCCACCUAAGAAUUUGGAGCUUGCCUCACAGUACCGGCAUGCAAACAUUGCAUGUGAGGUGCUCACCAGCCACCUGUCCAUGCUGAGUGACCGUCUCUCACUGGAUGCUGUGCAAAUGAACCGCCUCUGCGACUUCCUCAAGAAAGAUCCACCUCUAAAUCCCUUGCUAGCAUCAUAUUUCAGUAAAACUGUUGAGAUGCUGUUGGAGAGGAGCCCCAAACAGGACUGUUACCUGUACCACAUAGUGUGCCUCCGAGUGCUGGACUUCUUCAAGUCCCGCCGCGACUUCCUGCCGAAUCUGCUGCGACACAUGUCCACCUCUGCCAUCGCUGACACUUUCAAGUAUUUCAUUAGGCUGGAUGACCUCUUUAAAAAAACUGUCAUGGAGUGGUUAGAAGAGCACCAGUUCUUGGAGUGUUUGAUACAAAUAAUCUGCGGCACGUACGUCCCUGAGGAGAUCCCAGCGGCGGUGGCGCAGCCCGAGCCGCCGGAGAAGGCGGAGCGCGAGACCAGCGAGAAGCCCGACGCCAACCACAAGGAAGAGGCCAAGGACGCCGGCGGUAGCGACGCCGACGGGGAUAAAGGUUCACCAAAGCCAGAAAACAGCACGGAGACGAGUUCAACAGUGGAGGCCGAGGCGGCGGAGGAGGCGAAGUUUCGCAUCGCGGCCGUCGCCUCCGCCAACGCCGCGUCGCUGCUGUGCGACCUCAUCGUGAACGUGUGCGCGGCGGAGGGCUGCGUGACGAGGCGCGCGAGCUGGGAGCUGGUGUGGCGCCUGCAGGCCGAGGCGGGCGUGCGCGCGCUGCUGGCCGGCAUGUUCACGUCGCCGCCGCGCGCGCGCCGCACCGCGCUCGUCAACGGCUGCCAGCUGCUGCGCGCGCUGCUGCUGCACGAGCCCAUGCUGCGCAUGAAGAAGGCGGCCAGCGACGAGGAGGCGGGCCGCGCGGCGCCCCGGCCGACUACGUCGCCGGGCGUGGGCGAGGGCGGCGGCGCGGCGUGGGGCUGGCGCGCGUGCAGGUGGCGCGCGCUGCUGGCGCACCUGGCGCUGUCCGAGGUGGCCGACGUGCCCACCACCAUGCUCACGCUGGGCACGCCGGGAGUGCUGAUCGACAUGUUCUUCCGCUACCCCAACAACAACUUCCUGCACGCUCAGGUGUACACGCUCAUCAACCACGCGCUCACCAAUCGCGUGUACCGCAUGCAGUACGCCAGGCAUUUGUUAGUGGAGUGCGACCUGCUGACGCG